AUGGCUAUGCCCUUCCAUCCCUGUUUCUUCUUUCUGAUUCCCUUACUGGCCUUCCACUUUGCUCAUGGAAAACACGAGUACCUAUCUAAUUGUCCCAAGGGAUUCUCCUGUGGAAAUCUCGGUUCUCUGGAGUUCCCUUUUGCUCACCACACAAACCCUCAUUGUGGCUUAAUCUCAGUAGAUUGUGAUGCUAAACCACUUGCAACACUCCAGUUGGAAACGGGAGGAGAUUGGUAUCAGAUUGUGAGUAUAAGCUGGGAUGGCAAUACAAUCACCCUUGAAGACUCGAAGCUUCAAACGCUCUUCCGUAGCCGUAAUUGCUCAAUUUCAAACUACAGCGUCAAGUUUCCCAAUUCUCCUUCUAUCACUUUUGACAAUUUGGAAGGAAACAAAUUGCAACAUAAAUAUAUAAAAUGCAAAUACAGUGAAGCUGAUGCUAUCUGCGAUUAUGAAAGCUAUAACUGUUUUUCUGAAUUUAGUUUGUAUCACAAAGGUGAAUUGGUUUCAGAGAAUCGCAAAUGUGAUUCUGCUAACUGUACCCUGUAUCCAACUCCAAUUGUUGUUGAACGAACAAGUGAUCUGUUAACAACUCAAUUUGGACUGUACUUUGAAGUUUCACCUGCUUGCAACCAAUGUUACAAUGGAGGAGGCCAAUGUACAUCAGAUAGCAAAAAUGAAUUUCAAUGUGCAAAAGGAAACACAAGAAAGAGAAAGCUGAAACUAGUUCUAGUGACAGGCGGAGCAGCACUGGUCCUUAUAUUCAUGUUCAUCCUACUACUCUUUAUUACCAAGAAACUGUCAUUUUGUUCUAAAAUAAAGAAGUAUCAAGAGACACCAGAGUUUUUAAACGGCCAUGGCUUCCUUGCCCUUAAAAGAUUCAGUUAUUCAGAAGUAAAGAAAAUCACAACUUCUUUCAAGGAUGAACUUGGUCAAGGAGAUUUUGGCUCUGUAUAUAAAGGAAAAUUGCACAAUGAAAACCUUGUGGCAGUUAAGGUUUUGAAGGAACUAAGAGCUAGUGGAGAAGAUUUCGUCAAUGAGGUGGCAAGUAUUAGUAGGACUUCUCAUGUCAAUAUUGUCACUCUAAUUGGGUUUUGCAUUGAAGGCAAAAAAAGAGCUCUUGUAUAUGAGUUCAUGCCUAAUGGAUCCCUUGAGAAAUUCAUUUAUAACAGUAAUCUUUUGACUGGUCGUCAAUUAGGAUGGAACCUGUUAUAUCAAAUUUCAAUAGGCAUAGCUCGUGGGUUAGAGUACUUACAUCGUGGCUGCAACACUCGAAUUCUACACUUGGAUAUAAAGCCUCAUAAUAUUCUUCUAGAUGAAGACUUCUCUCCUAAAAUUUCAGAUUUUGGUCUUGCAAAGUUAUGCACCAAAAAAGAGAGCACCGUGUCAAUCUUUGGUGCACGUGGAACUAUUGGAUAUAUUGCUCCAGAAGUUGUCUGCAAAAACAUAGGAGGAGUUUCUCACAAGUCUGAUGUUUACAGUUAUGGGAUGAUGGUUCUUGAGAUGGUUGGAGGAAGAAAGAACGUUGAUGUUGGAGUUAGCCGCAACAGUAAAAUAUACUUUCCACAUUGGAUUUACUCACGACUUGUGUUAGAUGAUGAGCUUGGAUUGAUUGGAGUAAUGAAUGAAGAGGAGAAUGAGUGUGCAAGAAAGAUGGUAAUAGUUAGUUUGUGGUGCAUACAAACUGAUCCAUCAACUAGACCAUCAAUGUCAAAGGUUGUGGAGAUGUUAGAAGGUAACCUAGAAAAUUUGCAAAUCCCUCCUCAACCUUACCUCUAUUCUCCUGCAAGAUCCGAGGAACAACAUUCAUCAGUUGUGUUUAUAAGCUAGUACUUGAUCUUUGGGUGCACUAUAUAUAGUAAUGCUUUUUCAUGCAUCACAUUCUAGUUUUAUUGAUGUAUUAUAGUCUACUGAAGUAUUAUGGUUCCAAAGGACUUAUUAGUGCACGAAGAUAAGA